ACGACACAUCAACAGCCAGUGAGGGGGAGAGAAUCGAGCUAGUAGCUCCGCUGUCUCUGGCAUUCCCAUCGUCACUCGUCGCUAGCUCGGUCCGGACGAUGCAAGCCCCCACGCCGCCCGGCUCGGCGGAUGCCUCGCCCGUCCGCACGAACAGCAAGAAGCCGUCGCCGGCGGACUUCAUGUUCGGCGCCACGCUAGGCGAAGGCGCCUACGCUCGUGUCGUACACGCGCGUAUGAAGGACACGGGCGCCGAGUACGCAGUGAAAAUUAUGGAAAAGCGCUUCAUCCGCAAAGAGAAGAAGGUCAAGUUCGUCAUGAUGGAGCGCAAGGUCUUCUCCAAGAUCUCGCACGACCGCGUGGUCAAGCUCUUCUUCACGUUCCAGGAUAACAGCUACCUGUAUAUGGUGAUGGAGCUCUGCCGUGGCGGCGAACUGCUCGACGUGAUCACUAAGCAUCAGAAGGAGCAGGCUGCUGCGGGUUACACGGAUCGCGCGUGCUCGUUGGAGCUGACACGCUUCUGUAUUGCCGAGGUGGUGGUUGCGCUGGAAUAUCUGCACAAGAAUGGCGUGAUCCACCGCGACCUCAAGCCUGAGAAUAUUCUUCUGAGCGAUGAAGGGCACCUCAAGGUGACGGACUUUGGUACAGCCAAGGACGAGACCGAGGAGAGUCGUCAUAACACGUUCUGCGGUACAGCUGAAUACGUGUCGCCCGAAGUGCUACGCGAUCAGGAGGCGUCUCGCGGCUGCGACCUGUGGGCUAUGGCCUGCAUGGUGUUCCAGAUGCUCGUGGGUCGACCCAUGUUCCGUGCAGAGAACGAGUAUCUUACGUUCCAGCAGAUUUUGAACCAUCCGGCCGAGGACUUUGCUUACCCGUCAGGGUUCCCGUCCGUCGCGAAGGAUUUGAUUGAUCGCAUUCUAUUGCAGGAGCCAAACGAGCGUCUUGGCGCUGGCUCAGACGACGACGGCAAUGGAUACGCUGCGUUAAAGGCACAUCCGUUCUUUGAAGGCGUCGACUGGGAAAUGGUCGGAUACGCUCAGCCGCCUUACCUACCGGAGAUCGGCCGACUGCCACCUACGGAAUAUGAUGGCGCCACCGAGGACUGGCUGUUUGCUGGUGUUGCUACCGAGUUGCAGGUGUCGUCUGGACUCGCUCUGGACCCUCCGCCGUCUCCGUACGUUUGCUGUUGCGUCGUAGCGUGAUAAUUAGAACUCUUUGUUUUAAAUUUAUGUCUGGGAUCUUGUGCUUUUUAAUUUGUAGGGCUGAACAUGUUAACGUAGUGGAAGUGGCUCGUCAGAAGGCAGCAAUACCGCCUGCAAUGCGACGUACCAGUUCGCUCUGGAACCGAUUCCUGCUGGAUGACGAGCUGAUUAAGAUGGGCGGACUCAUUAGCAAGCGGAAGGGCCUUUUUUCCAAGAAGCGACAGUUGAUCUUGACAUCGAAGCCUCGAUUGAUCUACAUUGACCCCAUUAGAAUGAAGCAAAAGGGAGAGAUCCCGUGGUCGGACAACCUCUACGUCAAUUCAAAGAGUGCGACUGCUUUCGACGUCGUGACGCCGAACCGGGUGUACCAUCUGAACGAUCUCGUCAACGGGUCGAAGAAGUGGAUCGAGGCCAUCAACGCGGCGCUUGUGCGUGGAAAGUAGCGAAGCGAACGACUUGACUGGCUGGCCGAUCCUGCUCGAACCCCGUUAAUGCUUUGCGGAAAUGGAUUGCGUGUUGAGUAGACGCUGUUUGUGCAGUUAGUCGAGUGUCCAUCAGCAACAAGAGUCUGCUUCAAAAGACCACAAAAUGCAAAACUUUACUCGGGUUCACAUUCCUACCAUAUCCAUUCUGAAACAAUAAUUUUGUUUCAAAAGUCCAAACAACAAUAAUUUCAAGAUACAAAUUCUCCGUGCCAAAGC